GGCCGCCAGAUCUGUAGCUCAGAAAAGGCACACAGGUGGUCAAUCACAGGCGAGGAGGUGGAACUUGGAGAGGAGGAGCUGAGCGGCAGCGCAAAGAUUGAAGAUCGAGUGAGGGAGCAGCUGGAGCCGUAUAAUUGGUGUCAGUGGGAGUAAUAGUGCUCCAUCAUUAGUAUCAGUGUGGGAAGAAUAGUGCCCCCUCAUUGCUGUCACUGAGACCAAAUGGGGCACCAUCAUUGGUGUCAGUGUGAGAAAUAGUGCCCCAUCAUUAGUGUCAGUGGGAGGAAUAGCGCCCCAUUGUUGUCAGUGGGCGGAGCUC